GUUUCUUCUUCUUUUUCUUCGCGACUUUUUUUUUUUUUUUUUCUUCGCGACUUUUUUUGACAACCCGACUCAUGCGUCGGAGCGCCUCCUUCCUCAUCCUCGCACUCUUGGUGCUUGAUUGCUUCACAAGCCACACACAACUCGCGUUUGCAUCGAGCGUCAACGAUGCCGAUGAGGAGCUCGAGAUGCUGGUCGCGCCAAAGCAGCAGCGCGCAGGUGGCAACGACGACGCGGCGGGCGCUUCGUCGUCCUCGGGCUACCGCGUCCAGGGCGAAGUUCUCGUGGGCAAGCCUGGGCUGAAUAUUCCCGGUGGGUGGCAGGCGCACACGCGCGUCUUGCUGAACGGCGGCGCAAUGUCCGCGUUCGUUCGUCUCGACGGCAGCUUUGAGCUUCUCGAUGUGCCCUCCGGCGUGCAUCUGCUCGAGGUCGUCCACCCGUCGUACAUGUUUGAGCCUGUCCGUGUCGAAGUGAGCUCCAAGCACAACGGCCGAGUCCGUGCCAAGCGAGCCUACUUUGGCGCCGCACCCGCGGCUGGCAGCCAGCAAUCCAGCAGCCAGCAGUCCGGCUUGGGGUCCUCCAUCACUGGCGACAACCUUGCCUACCCGCUCAAGCUGCAGGCGCGUGGCGCUGCGCAGUUCUUCCAACGUCGCGAGGGCGUGGACAUUCGCGGCAUGCUGAUGAACCCAAUGGUUUUGAUGAUGGGCGUCAUGCUCAUCAUGGCGUACGCCAUGCCCAAGAUGAUGGAAAACAUGGAUCCCGAGGAGCGCCGUCAAAUGGAGGAAAACAAUCCCAUGAACCGCGCAGCCGAAAUGCCCGACCUGACCCAAAUGCUCUCUGCAGCCCUGAGCGGAAACACCAACGCCGCCAACGCCCGUGCCACUGCUCCCCGUCAACGAUAAAGCGUAUCGGCAUGUGUGUAUGAGUGUGUGAACUGGAUUUGUGGAUUUGGGAGCAGUCGCAUGUGGAUUGCUUGCAGCGAACUUUUUGUUGGACGAUCUUUUGAUCUUCAUUUUCUGUGAUGCUGGCUGCCUUCCUCCCUCCUUUUGAUCUCUUUUUUGUAUAACAAUGGAUUUGCUCAAGCUGG